CCUCCCUCGCUGUCCCCGGUGCCGGCCCGGUGAUGGCGGGUGUCGCGGCCGCCUCGUUCUUCUCGAACGCGUGUCGGUUCGGAGGCUGCGGGCUGCACUUCGAUUCUCUUGCCGAGCUCAUCGCACACAUCGAGGACAGUCACAUCGACACUGACCCCAGAGUGUUGGAGAAACAGGAGCUGCAGCAGCCCACGUAUGUCGCCCUGAGCUACAUCAACAGGUUCAUGACUGAAGCAGCACGCAGGGAGCAGGAGAACCAGAAGAAAAAGGUGCAGCCAAAACUAUCGCUUUCAGUCACAGGGAACGUCUCCCGUAGCAGCAUGUCCACGCCCCCUCGCCAUAGCAACGGCAGCCUGACCCCACCCGUGACUCCGCCCAUCACCCCUUCAUCUUCCUUCCGCAGCAGCACACCCACAGGCAGUGAGUGUGAUGAAGAGGAGGUGGAGUAUGAGGACUCGGACAGUGAUGAGUCGUGGACUACAGAGAGUGCGAUCAGUUCUGAGUCCAUCCUGAGCUCCAUGUGCAUGAACGGCGGAGACGAAAAGCCCUUUGCCUGUCCUGUACCUGGCUGCAAGAAGAGAUACAAGAACGUGAACGGAAUAAAGUACCACGCUAAGAACGGACACCGAACACAGAUCCGCGUCAGGAAGCCCUUCAAGUGCCGCUGUGGGAAAAGCUACAAAACCUCUCAAGGGCUCAGGCAUCACACCAUCAACUUCCACCCCCCACUGUGAUUACACACACACACACACACACACACACACACACACACACACACACACACACAAUACUUCAAAAUGUGUAAUUUCUUACAACUACUCAUUUGCACGUUUUCUUUUUUUUAUAGUUUUAUAUUAUAUAUAUAUAUGUGUGUCUGUGUGUGUCCGUGUGUCUGUGUGUGUGUGUGUGUGUGUGUGUGUGUGUAUACUCUUUUGCACAAUACGUUCACAUCGUUCCUCGUUCCUGAUGUACAGAAUGCUUGUGAUUUUCGCAUGCAUUCGUGAUUAGCUGACUUUCUCUUCUUAUUAGUACAAAUUCUGUCUUAAUAAUAAUCCUUUAUUAUUUUAUUUAUUGCACACACACAUUUUUAAAUAAGAUGUAUUACAUAAUAUAGUGUGUAUAUGUGUGUGUGUGUGUGUGUGUGUGUGUGCGAGAAUGCUAAAAAAAACAUGCACAAUAAACAUGCACAAUCAUGGUGUAUAGAAUACAGGGUUGCCAGAUUCUGAUAUAGCACAUAUCAAAAAGGCACACCAUGUAUUUCCACUGAAAAGACUGCAGUAAGAAGAAAAAGGAGAAUGUUCUCCUAAUUUCUUACAUUAUGGAGUGUUGUGUGUGUGUGUGUGUGUGUGUGUGUGUGUGUGUGUUCCUUUUUAUACUAUAUAAUCUGGCAACCCUCCCCACAAGCCUAGGGUUUGAACCUCACAUCACUGAGAUUUUUUUUUUUUUUUUAGAUUUUAGUAUUUUCUUUGUAGGACACACACACUGUCACAUGUAUUUGUGCACUUUUCUCCAUUUUGCCUGGAAGAUCUCCUCUUAAACGCCAUCAGGCUGGAUAUGGAGCAUCUUCAGAUUUACACUGAUCUUCUUUGAUGUUCAAAGCCUUGUCCUGAAGCCACUGCAGUGUUUGGGUUGUUGUCAUGGUGACAGGAUCUAGCUGAGAACUUGUGAGACUGAUGGAGUGUUUUGGAGAUGCUUGUCCUUCCAGUAGGUUCUCCCAUUCUCUUUAGAGGAUUCCUGUAGUUCUGUUCGAGUAAACAUCGGGUUCUGGGUCACAUCUGACACUUCGGAUCCGGUUCCUGAGUUUGACAAUGAUGAAGCUCAGUGUGCUUCUGGGAACAGGAUCUGCAGAAAUAGUUUAAUUAAUUCUCAGGAACAGGAAUCUGAAGCUUUCACUCAGCAUUUAUCUUCAUUCUGAUGUUUGAAGUGAACAUAAACUAAGCUUUUGACCUGGAUCUGUGUGAGCCGAUUGGAUCACUCCAUGGGGGAGAAGGUGUUUUUGAGAAUUUGAGAAAGAAUUAGGAAGAGGAAGAUCAACGAGGUCUGGCUGUGUUUGUAAACGUUAACACGAGACUCUGAUCUCACUGCGAUUUGAAAGCUGUUUGAUGAAACACUAUUGGAGGGAUUCUUUUUCUCUUUCAAACCAAAAAUGUGCCAAAAUGUUCCAUCGUCUGUACAGAUGUUCACUGACAUAAUUUUCAUGUUAACUGUACUGGGACAGAACAUGUGGGUUU